UACGAGAGCAGCAGGAGUCUGUAUUCAUUAGCAUAUACGAACUAUUAUUAAGAAUAUAUAAGGCAUUGAAGGACAUAUCUGAUUUCAUAGCAGUUUGUUGCUGAGUGGACUCAGGUUUCAGCGUUGGUGUGUUGGUUAGGUUAUGUUGCACUUGGCAGGCCUGUACAUUGCUAGCAUGCGAGUUAUAUGAAUGUGCAAUGUUUCGUAAAACGUUAGGAAAUUAUAUUCAUUGUGCGUUUCGUAAAUAAUUCGCAACAACUUGUAGGUAUAACUGCUCUGCAGUUAUAUUUGUAUUUUGAUCUGUUGUAUUUCUUGGUGCAAUCUUGUCCAAUUACGUUUCUCUGUAAUAAUUAAUUACUACGAAGUUUUUGAAUGGCAAAACGAAAUGAACUUACGUUGGAUCAGAAAGUAAGGGUGCUGGAGGCCUUAGAAACUAGAAAUCAGAUCCAAGUGGCAUCUGAGUUUGGAAUAUCACAGUCAGCAGUAUCACGGAUAAAGUCCCGUGAAAGUGACAUUAUCCAGAGAUGGCAAGAAAUGCCAGAUCGAAAGCGGACCCGGCGUACUCGGUACUCUGAUAUGUUAGAUGUGUCAUUGGUGAGAUUUUAUGAGUCACAAAGAAUAGCUGGUAUACCAGUCACGACAAGAAUGUUGAAGGAAAGAGCUACUUUAAUUGUUGAUGAGAAUAAAGCUUCAGGAAGUGAGGCAGGUUUGCUGACCAGUCAGGGUGGGAGCUUUGAAGCGUCAGACUCGUGGCUUUCUCAUUGGAAACACAGACAUAAUUUAGAUUUGCAGCGGAGUAACAGGAGUGCCGGAUAUUUUGUUGGUUCUAAGAAGCCAUCUGCAUUUUCCAUCAUAUCGCAGUUUAAGGAGCUAGUAGAUGAAGAGGGCUAUCUCGUCACUGGAGUGUACCAGGAUCCUGACUUGGAUGUACAGACCGUAGUCACGGGAUCGGCCCCUGUUGCUGCGGACACCACAGACCGAGGUGGAUGGCCAUUUGAGGAAGUCCCACAACAAGCCCCACCCGGAACAAAGCAGGUGGUGGCUCCUGCACCUGUCAAGAAGACUCUACCUCUAUCUUCACAGUCAUCGCCGAAGCCAGCUAUCACUAAGCCAGCUCCUCCCCGCCCUGUCUCUCCGCCACAGCCACCUCCACCCCCACCCGAAGUUUGUCUCCGAUGGAACAGUUACCACUCCAACAUGCAGGCUACAUUCCCAAGUCUGCUGAACAAUGAGCAGUUCGUGGACGUCACAUUGGCUUGUGAGGGACGCAGUAUAAAAUGCCAUAAAAUGAUGCUGUCAGCUUGCAGCUCAUACUUCGAGGAACUCCUUAGUCAGAAUCCUUGCCAGCACCCUAUUGUUCUCAUGAAGGACCUCAAGUUCUGGGAGGUGCAGGCCCUAGUUGACUUCAUGUACAGGGGGGAGGUGAAUGUGGGCCAAGACAAGCUCCCCUCUCUGCUAGCGGCGGCCGAGGCAUUGCAGAUUAAAGGAUUGGCUGGACCAGCUUCCACUUCUUCAUCGCAUGAUGAGGACUCCCUUCCCCCCACUCUUCCACUUGCAACGGAUGAUUUCUUGGAUGAGUCCACUUCCUCACCUUCCAGUGCCAGAAGAGCCAGGAAGAGGAGAACUAUUGCAUCUAUGCCGACUCCACGACAGAACACCAUCUCUCCACACCGCAACCCAGUGGGGCGACCACGUCUCAUAAGGCCAUCUCCACAACCAUCUACAUCAACCUACCAGCAGGCGUCUGUGGCCUCUGAGCCACCACUUCGGCGAGCCAGGAGAUCGGAACCACCUAGUCUUCCUCUUGGGCAGGAGAUUAAGAUAGAGCCAGUGGAUAUUGACAUUAGCAAUGAUUCUAUGGACCCCGUUGAUGAUGGAUUUGACAUGAACAAGACUUACGAUGGAAGCAGAGGAGGUGGUGAUGCAAAUGGCUCCAGUAAGCGACCAAAUGAUGUGGUGGGAGGCACUGAAGGAGGGGGUAAACAAGAAAUCACUGGUAACCUCUCCGAUGACAACAGAACAGCUACAAGCAGACAUGACUCAGAUCACAUGGACUAUGGCAACAACAAUGGUAUGAACUCGGAAUCAACUGUGACUCCAAGAGGUGGGGAAAGCAAGACAGAGAUCCAAGAUUACUCGUAUACGGAAGGGAGUACUGAUGAUCCAGGAAUGUCUUCUUCAGAUAUAAAUCCGACAUACCCAGAAGUGGUAGUGAACCCCAGGGCCGACAGUGCUUCAUCAGAUAGCAUUCUUGGACACUUGUAAAUCAGGCUGCAGCCACUAUGAUAUUUUGACUGAUUUUAUAUAUACAUAAAGUUCCCUAUUAGUAAUGUACUCUUGCCAAAGGCUUCCUUUUGUAUGUCUUAACAUGAACUGACAUGAGUGCACCACAGUUCAGUGUGACUACUUUAUAUUGUCCAUAAGAGAGUUUGUUGGCUGUAGUAUUCACAGCGCUGAUAGAGUUCCUUUUAAGUUCUGCAGAUUCAGUAUUUCUCGAGUUGUUAGCGAGGCAUAUAAUUUUAUAAGACAAAUUUAUAAUAUACUGUUCAUUGAAAAGUGACUUAGUCAGUCAGGAAGCUUGAUCCAGAAAUAUGUCAGACUUACCUGUUAUACUUGAUGCAGAGAGGCUGUACAAAAACACAUUUUGCAUCUAUAGCCUGUUGCUUAAAAAGAGCAUGAAGCUGCUGUAACCAAGACGAGGGAGCAGGCUGUCUUUUCAGAAGCAGGUGACAUUUAGCAUAGACAUUAAAUUAAAAGUGGCUAGGAAUUAUCAACAAAAAGCUAGUGUGUAGUUGUGACAAUGCUGCUUUGUAUGGUUACAGCAUUAGAACAUUGUGGAUGUGUACUGUAUUCAUAUUCCUGAACAAAUAAAUGACACUUAUUCAGCUGAA